UGAGGGGGAGCUGCAGCACACAGGAGGAUUUCUGCAGGAAAAAGUCUCCCACUUAGAUGUGGAAGGAGCAUCAUGGACUAUAAAAAAAACUACACUCAGCCUGAAUGAAGUCCAGGUGAGAGUGGAUGGAUCUUAAGUCAGGGAUUUGUGCAGUAUGGAGAUGUUUGCCCCACGGUAUUUUACUUGGAUACUUCUGGAAGGAACCUUUGGUUUGUUUGUUCUUGGGCAACAUCACGAUAAACUCUCCUUCAGCAAGAGAGCAUCAUCUGAAGACCCUUCUUCCCAGAAAGACUCGGCGCUCCGAACUGGGACCUUGAUUCCUAACACCAGACUCCCCAUCAUCGGUCCUUUAAUUCCCCAUGCAAAGCAGGGACUUCUGGAAAUACUUGGAGGAAACUCACAGUCACACACAAACCCAUCCUUAAAUAUAAAGCUCCGACCCAUCAUGAAAGUCCAUGGAGCAUCCAAGUUCUCCAGGACGUUCAGCUGGGGGGACUUCUACUCAAACAUCAAAACGGUCAAACUGAAUCUGCUGAUAAAGGGAAAGAUUGUGGAUCAUGGGAACGGCUCUCUAGGUGUCUACUUCCGCCACAACUCCACAGGUGUGGGCAACGUGUCCGUCAGCCUCGUCCCACCAAUGAAGGAGGUAGAGUUUGAUCUGGAGCGCCAGAGCGUGGUCAACCCUAAAGACUCCAAGACGUUCAACUGCAGGGUGGACUACGAGAAGACGGAGCGCAACAAAAAGGUGAUGCUGUGUAACUACGACCCCUCCAAGACCUGUGCUCAGGAGCAGACGCAGAGCCACGUCACCUGGAUGUGCUCCAAACCCUUCCAGGUCAUCUGCAUCUACGUCUCUUUCUACAGCACCGACUACAGACUGGUGCAAAAAGUGUGUCCGGACUACAGCUCCCAGAAUCCAGGAGCCUACCUGCCCACAGGUUAGCCACAGGGAAAGCCUCAGCCUACUUUAAAGUUUAUGUUUUAGUUCAAUAUCUUGCUUGUUUUAGGAUUUGUCUUAGACUGUUUUUAUUAAAUGCACAGUAGCUAUUAGUGCUGCAACAAACAAUUAUUUUCAUUAUUGAUGUGGCGACUGUUUGUUUUUUAAUAUAUUUUUCAAUGCAUCAUUACGUUUUUAUGAAACUUGCUCAUGAAAGCCUUAACUUUAACAUAAAUAAUGCAGAUAAUCCUGAGGGGAACUAAAUCAUAUUCAGUAUUUUCUUCUUUAUUAACGGCAUGAAUGAUUCUCAAAAUAACAAUUGAAUAAAGUAAUUAUUUGCUCUACAUGUAUUAAUAUCUGCUGAUACUAGACAAUAGCACGUUUUGGUUUGUUAGGGCUGAUAUAGUUCAGCUUUUAAUACUUAAAAAAUAAGACUAUUUACACUGCCCGGCCAAAAAAAAGGUCACAAGCCUGUGGGGGCAGUGCUAUGGUCUGGGGUUGCUGCAGUUGGUCUGGUCUAGGUUCAGCAACCUUAUGUGCCCAAAGAUGAGGUCAGCUGACUACCUGAAUAUACUGAAGGACCAGGUUAUCCCAUCGAUGGAUUCUUUCUUCCCUGAUGGCACGGGCAUGUUCCAAGAUGACAUUGCCAGGAUCCAUCGGGCUCAAGUUGUGAAAGAGUGGUUCAGGGAGCAUGAGACAUCAUUCUCACACAUGGAUUGGCCCCCACAGAGUCCAGACCUGAACCCGAUUGAGAGUCUUUGGGAUGUGCUGGAGAAGACUUUGCACAGUGGUCCGAAUCUCCCGUCAUCAAUACAAGAUCUUGGCGAAAAUAUAAUGCAAGACAGAAAUAAAUGUUGUGACAUUGCAGAAGCUUGUGGAAACGAUGCCACAGCGAAUGCGUGCCGUGAUCAAAGCUAAAGGCGGUCCAACGAAUAUUAGAGUGUGACCUUUGUUUUGUCCAGGCAGUGUAUGUAUACUGUAUAGUCAGGAUGUCCCAUGCAUUUGCAACGUUCUUAUUUUGCAUAUUACUUUACACUUUUGCCAGAUCUUGCCAAAUGUUGGGCCUUAUGUAGGCACCAAAAAACAUGUAUGUAAAACAAUCAACCCUAAUAAACAUAUUAAAAGAAUACUUAAAAAAAUAAAAUUUGUAUAUCAACUA